AUGGCUUCAUCUCUCCGUUCAUUUGCAAAUGCCCUUCUCUAUAUGAUAAUGUUGAUGGCCACUGAGCUGGGAACAAACACAAUAAUGGUGGCGGCGGAGGCGAGAAUGUGCUCGAGGCCGAGCUACAAGUUCAAGGGGCCAUGUAUUCAGGAGAAAAACUGCGCAUCGAUUUGCCUGACGGAGGGGUUCCCCAAAGGCGACUGCAAAGGGAUUAUGCGCCGCUGCUACUGCGUUAAGCCUUGCUAA